AUGUCAUCCGCCACAGGAGCCGAUCUGCCACCUGAAAUACUGUCAUACAUUCUGAAGUCUUUCACGCUAGCUGAUUCCUAUUAUGACUUAGACCCAAGUCGCAAGUUAAAACACGGGCUUGCUGGGCCUGCCCUCGUAUGCAAGCACUGGUCCGAAGCCAUCAGACCUAUCCUCCUCCGAGUGUUUGAGCUGUGCAGCGCCGAAGACGUGCAAUUCUUGAAGAACAUCGUCAGCAGCUCCGAAUUUACGGCUUCAUGUCUGACCGGAGCCAUCAAGCGAAUAAUCAUCUGUCAAGAAGCCACCGGGGCAAAAUCCUGGCUCCAUCAUGUGCAUGGGCUUUCGACACAACUUCGGGAGACAGAAUUCGAGUGUAUUGUCGGAAACUGCGCGGGCGAUGUCGCAUCUGUAUCAAUGGCCAACCGUUGGGCCCCAUUUGAGUCGGUACCUGGCGUUACUCCAUCUUACGUCCGACUUUCUAGACUUGCCCUCGACAGUGUCGUAUUCACGAGCAAGACCGAGCUCGCACAACUCGUUGACAACUUCCACACGCUCUUAGAAUGUAAUUGCGAGCGACUCACCUUCCUUGACCCGUCGCUGGUUGUCCAGUCACGCAGAAUUUGGCGACGUCCUCUGCCAGACCGCUACUCCCUCGAGUGUGCGAUACAGGAGUGUAAGGAUAUGGUGGUACCCAAUCAAGUGACGCUUGCUGCUGACAUUGUUGCGCCUGCUCGCCACAUGGGCAUUGACAACUGCGCAUAG